GUUAAUUAUUCCAGUAGUUCGCGGGACACCAAGUCAGUCCGCGCGGAACACAGUUUGGGAAACACUGUUCUAGAUCUAAUUUUAAAAUGAGACUUUGCACCUUCCAUGAGACGUCUGGGUCUCCACAUCCUUAGGAAAAAAAAAAAAGGUUCAUCUCCCCUGGUCGUCUGCAUUACGAAUCAACGAAUCAAAAACGCGGGAUAGAGACACACCUCCAGGCAUGGGCUAUUUUUAGUCUUAGCGCCAUUCCUCUGCUUUACAAACAUUGGAGACAAAAUAGGGUUUCAGAGAACAUGUGUCCCGAAAUAAGGCCAGGGUUUGCGACGACCGAAUUUAUGUUUUGUCUAAAUGUGAAGGCCGCGGAAAACGUGACGUCAUGGUCGAUACAAGUCAAACCGACACUGCUGGAUACUCGGCAGAUCUCUUAUCGAAUCAUACCUACCAAGAGGACGUUUCUCUUGACAAGGUUUAGGCAGAUGUGUGUUAGAUAUAAUGGGGAUUGGUGGACACAAUGGACUACAGACCUAAUCAAAAGGACACAAAUCCUCAUAAAUUAUAUAUAAUGGAGAUUGGUGGACACAAUGGACUACAGACCUAAUCAAAAGGACACAAAUCCUCAUAAAUUAUAUAUAAUGGAGAUUGGUGGACACAAUGGACUACAGACCUAAUCAAAAGGACACAAAUCCUCAUAAAUUAUAUAUAAUAGGGAUUGGUGGACACAAUGGACUACAGACCUAGUCAAAAGGACACAAAUCCUCGUAAAUUAUAUAUAAUGGGGAUUGGUGGACACAAUGGACUACAGACCUAGUCAAAAGGACACAAAUCCUCAUAAAUUAUAUAUAAUGGGGAUUGGUGGACACAAUGGACUACAGACCUAAUCAAAAGGACACAAAUCCUCAUAAAUUAUAUAUAAUGGGGAUUGGUGGACACAAUGGACUACAGACCUAGUCAAAAGGACACAAAUCCUCGUAAAUUAUAUAUAAUGGGGAUUGGUGGACACAAUGGACUACAGACCUAGUCAAAAGGACACAAAUCCUCGUAAAUUAUAUAUAAUGGGGAUUGGUGGACACAAUGGACUACAGACCUAGUCAAAAGGACACAAAUCCUCAUAAAUUAUAUAUAAUGGGGAUUGGUGGACACAAUGGACUACAGACCUAAUCAAAAGGACACAAAUCCUCAUAAAUUAUAUAUAAUGGGGAUUGGUGGACACAAUGGACUACAGACCUAGUCAAAAGGACACAAAUCCUCGUAAAUUAUAUAUAAUGGGGAUUGGUGGACACAAUGGACUACAGACCUAGUCAAAAGGACACAAAUCCUCAUAAAUUAUAUAUAAUGGGGAUUGGUGGACACAAUGGACUACAGACAUAAUCAAAAGGACACAAAUCCUCAUAAAUUAUAUAUAAUGGGGAUUGGUGGACACAAUGGACUACAGACCUAGUCAAAAGGACACAAAUCCUCGUAAAUUAUAUAUAAUGGGGAUUGGUGGACACAACGGACUACAGACCUAGUCAAAAGGACACAAAUCCUCAUAAAUUAUAUAUAAUGGGGAUUGGUGGACACAAUGGACUACAGACCUAAUCAAAAGGACACAAAUCCUCAUAAAUUAUAUAUAAUGGGGAUUGGUGGACACAAUGGACUACAGACCUAAUCAAAAGGACACAAAUCCUCAUAAAUUAUAUAUAAUGGGGAUUGGUAUACACAAUGGACUACAGACCUAAUCAAAAGGACACAAAUCCUCAUCAAUUAUUAAGCUAUGUACACCAUGGGGUGAGGUAGUUAUAACAACGCUUUCCAAGAAAUAGACGUCGAAUGUGGGAAUUCCCCAUAAACAUUUUUUCUGUGGAACACACAGAGAUAGAAGUAACACACAUGCUAGGAGAUCGAUACAGAAUUAUGUAUAGAGUAACACAGAGAUACUUGUUACAAUGCUGACACCCACGUGACCCCAUGUCAAUGACUUUAAAGCUGAGGAAUGUUCUUUGAUAUUUAGACACAAGAAGAAAAGAAUAUGGAACAGUGCAAUGACCUAAUGCCAGUUGCGUUUAGGUACACAUUUAGGUGGCAAAACUCAGCAGUGAAUAGUCUUAGUUGCACGCAUUGUUAAGGAAUACGUAUAUCUGAUAGAAAAGGAUCGAAUCAACUAGCGAAAUCUAGAAAAACAAAGCUUGUAUUUCCUACCAAACAAAUCAUUGCAGACGAGAUGUCAACGGAGUGUUUUGGCCCGCCUUUCACCAAGAGUCAUACAAAGUCCUUUUUUAUACAGAGAAAGAUCUCCAAACAUUGUCAAGAAAUAAUGAGACUAAGGGCUAACCGGAACAAUCUGGGGCAUUACAGUGGGAAAACAUUGAUCUGUAUGCAACAUUUGUACAAGUCUAUAGCAGACGACUUGUGGAGAAAGAGACAAUACACAGCUCAAGAACACGCAAGAAGCAAGUCUCGGGUUUUCCCUGUUGAAGGCAGUUUCUUGACAAGAACAGGGUCAAAGGCCAAGUGCAAGGCCGUUCUCAGAGAGAAACGAGACUGUAUUGAUAAAAAGGAACUGCCUGUUCCAGCUCCGUCUGACAAUAGCCCACAAUCACACGAAAGUCUUCACGGCUAUUCAGGGCAUGAAUGCCAACAAUUUGUUCUAAACAGCGAUGAAAUGAUAAACGAAAAGCACCCCAAAGCACGCAUGCAACAGACUUCUUCAGCUUUCUUCUUUGACAGCUACUCCAGGCAGGAGUUGCAGGUCAUAGCGAGAACUCCAGGCGCGCUUCAUUCUGCGGUGUGUGAAGGCGACAUGGACUGGAUGUCGGUGCUGUUGGAGCUUGGUGCAGACGUCAACUGUGAGUAUCGAGAGACGACUCCUUUGAUGGCUGCAGCCACGUGCUAAACAGUCGGCUACUUGAUACAACACGGCGCUGAUGUCAAUCAAGUGGUAGUGACCAACGACGGGCAGAAGACCGCACUCCUAAACGCCGUGUCGCCUCAAUAUGUCGCCACACUUGUAACUAAAAUGGGGAAAGAUAAUGCCUUUGAAGAACUGGAGAAGAUCGUCAAGAGACUUGUCCACGAAGGAGCGAAUGUGUCAGUGGUUGAUACAGCAGGGAACACACCCUUAAUGGCAGCGUGCGAAACGGACGGUGCCGAAUCAAUUCUCAAAUUUCUGUCUAGUGCAGGCGAAAUGACGCAUCGAAUCAAUUCUGGCGGCGAAUCCGUUCUGCAUUUAGCAGUAAGAAGCAACUGUAUCGAGCACGUCCUAGCUGUCACGUGUGAAAGCCACGUAGAUGUGAACUUGCAGAACGUUAUGGGCACGACACCCUUGAUGAUAGCCGCCAUGAACAAGAACAAAGACAUAGUUGAGUAUCUAUUACACCAAGGCGCUGCCGUCAACACCAGGGACCACGGAGGUAACACCUGUUUGAUACAUGCAGUGAAAUCCUGUUCAAAUGACGUAGAGUAUAUUCGGAUGUUACUUGACGCAGGUGCUGAUCCAAACAUAGAGAAUGAGACAGGCUUUUGUCCACUGACUCUGGCUGCUGCAGAUCUCAACGACAAAGUACUAGGUCUGCUCCUGGAGACUUCGUGUGCACUGGAAGAAGACCGGAAAGAAAGGGCCUUAGGGCUACUACUGGCAGGAAAUGGCGUAACACAAAACACCAGAUCUUGUGUUUCCAUGUUACUGAAACGCAACACCAGCUCGUCUAAGAUUAACCCGAGCCUCAUUCACAAGUUCACAACUGAUGGCCACACAGAACUGGUAAGACAACUUAUAAUCAACGGAACACCCCCAGCAGACGUGAGCCGAGAUGAUCCCAGAGUUCUAUGCUACUGCUGGCCGGUUGAUUCCGCUUCUCCAAUGUGUGCAGCUCUUCUUGCAAAUCAACUCUGCCUGGCCCAGACCUUCGCAGAGCUGUGGUUUUUCACACCAUCAGACUUCAGCCUGGCCAGCAAUGCUCGGCUCAAAGAACAUCUCUCAAGGAAUGGCUACUCUGAGUGCGUUGAUCUCUUGCUGGGUAUGUCCAGCCACAUUAUGUCCCUCAGAGUAUUGUGCUUCACGUCUGUCAGCGCUGCAGUAGGACAUGGCAGUCACAGAGCCAAAACCAUCCAAUCACUGCAAGUACCGGACUUAGUGAAAAACAUGCUCUUGUUUAAAGAUGAAACAAAUCUUAAAGACGUGCAGUGUAAUACAAUUAUCUCUCCCGCUCAACACUAGCCCUAGUAAAAAAAAAAUUCUUCGUUGCUAUUUGUAGCCAAUUCUACACUCGGGCGUCAGACCUACUAUAUCACAGCUUUAAUAUUAUCAUCCUUAUUUAUUUGAAAGAAUCAAACAAGCACAGAUCCAUCAUCCAUUGUCAUUUGUAGCCGCUUUCAUUGUUACUAAAGAAAUGACUCGUGCCAAUGUAAACAUUAACUAGACAUUCCGAACAUGUCCCUGCUGGGGAUGGUACUUUCUACUUGCCUUACGAAUGGAUUUAUUGUUACAUUAUGUGCCUUUGAUGGAAUCGUGAAAGUCAAACAUUGUUUUAAAAUGUUAUAAUCUCUCAGUGCUGGGUGGUGUUUCAUGAUGUUUUAUCCAGCCCAAUGAUUUCACUUCCCUUAUGGCCUUAGGAACUGGCAGAAAUAAUUUCUACAGCUUCGUCCAACGUCCCACUUUAAUAAGUCUAAUUACUUUACAAUCUAUUGAUGUAUUGAAUGCACUCAGCUAUUUCUCUAGUCAUGUAAACCCGUUCUACUGCGUACAUUGCACACUUUUUUUUUAUUUACAUCUAUUGAUGUAGGAAAGGGAAAAAAGAAGUCAUGCUCAAUCUUGGGCAUAGGAUGUAAUGGUACUGCCAGAAAACUGCCCAGGAGUUAGAUUCUAAGAUCUUGAGUGGAAUCCUAUGACAAGUUAUACAAUGAUUAACACAAUGCCAAAGAGAUUAUAUUAUACAUGUGAUUAAGAGGCCACUGAUAUUUGUAUGUGCCUACCACAGUUAGCAUUAUGUUUUAUAUGUGCCUACCAUAGUUAGUAUUAUGUUCAAGGCUUAGAUAGUGCCAUACAAUAACGUUUUAUUUUAAUUGAAUACUAUCUUACAUAUCAUCUGCACAGAAUCUCGUAUUUCUAGUAUAAUCAGAGGGAUAGUAUUGAAGUACAUAGCAAACUUUUAAACAAAUACAUCUGCUAAUUUAAAGAUGUGCUUAUUAUAAGAUGUGCACAUCUCACAUGAUAAUUUUUGCUCUGUUCAAAGCUUAUUGUAACUUAGCUAGCUGUGACUAUAACAGUGGCACUACUCAGUCAUUUCUGUGCAAGCUUAUAAAGCUCUUGCUUCUAACUGUAUAUACAUCAACAUUGCAAUAAAUUCUCUGUAUUUGUAAACUAAAUAUCUA